UUGACAGCGCCCAGGCCGCCGCCGCCCCGCCGCCGCUGCCGCAGCCGCUGCCGCCGGGUGUGGAGGCCGCCGCCGCUCCCGGGCUGCGCGUCUGCCGCCGCCGCCGCCCAGCCUCCGCUAUGGACCUGUUCGGGGACCUGCCGGAGCCCGAGCGCUCGCCGCGCCCUGCUGCCGCCGUGUCUGUGUCCCGUGUCCUAGGGAAGGAAGCCCAGAAGGGACCCCCGCUCUUCGACGACCUCCCUCCGGCCGGCGGCACCGACUCAGGGCCAGGGGGACCCCUGCUCUUCGACGACCUCCCGCCGGCCGGCAGUGGCGGGUCAGGGUCUCCUGACACCCCGCUGCCCCCGCCAGCGAAGAGUGGAGGGAAAGGGGAGAAGAGGAAGCCCUCUGAGGAGGAGGAGAAUGGCGGUGAAGAGCUUGUGGAAAAGAAAGUUUGUAAAGCCUCCUCCGUGAUCUUCGGCUUGAAAGGCUUUGUGGCCGAGCGCAAGGGCGAGCGGGAGGAGAUGCAGGACGCCCACGUCAUCCUGAACGACAUCACGGCGGAGUGCAGGCCGCCCGCGUCCCUCAUAACCCGGGUUUCCUACUUCGCCGUGUUCGACGGGCAUGGAGGGAUUCGCGCCUCAAAAUUUGCUGCACAGAAUUUGCAUCAGAACUUGAUCAGGAAAUUUCCAAAAGGAGACGUGACCAGUGUGGAGAAGACCGUGAGGAGGUGCCUCCUGGACACCUUCAAGCACACGGACGAGGAGUUCCUCAGGCAGGCCUCCAGCCAGAAGCCGGCCUGGAAAGACGGCUCCACCGCCACCUGUGUCCUGGCUGUGGACAACGUCCUCUACAUCGCCAACCUCGGGGACAGCCGGGCCAUCCUGUGCCGCUACAACGAGGAGAGCCAGAAGCACUCGGCCCUGAGCCUCAGCAAGGAGCACAACCCCACGCAGUACGAGGAGCGCAUGAGGAUCCAGAAGGCCGGGGGGAACGUCAGGGACGGGCGUGUCCUGGGCGUGCUGGAGGUGUCCCGCUCCAUCGGGGACGGGCAGUACAAGCGCUGCGGGGUCACCUCCGUGCCGGACAUCAGGCGCUGCCAGCUGACCCCCAACGACAGGUUCAUCCUGCUGGCCUGUGACGGCCUCUUCAAGGUCUUCACCCCCGAGGAAGCUGUGAACUUCAUCUUGUCCUGCCUUGAGGACGAGAAGAUCCAGAGCCGCGAGGGGAAGCCGGCUGUGGACGCCCGCUACGACGCGGCCUGCAACCGGCUGGCCAGCAAGGCAGUGCAGCGGGGCUCGGCCGACAACGUCACCGUCAUGCUGGUGCGCAUCGGGCACUGAGGGCGCGCGGGGUGCGUGCCCGUGCGUGUGCACGUGCGUGUUCCUGUGGGACUCCCGUGCUUGUAAAUAAAAGCUCUUUUUUCUAGUC